AUGGCAGUGAAGCUGAUUUUUGCUUGCCUUCUGGCUGUAGCCCUACUUGGCCGCCUGGCAGAUGCUCAAUAUUCGGAGCAGCCUCAGAGUCCACACAUUCCCCCCAAAAUGCCCGUAGCUCAGCAGCCCCUGCAGCCCACAGAAACAUUCCACACUUGUGAAGUGGCAGACCACUACAAGAUACAAUGUGGCGCUCCCAACGUCUCUGCUUCAGACUGCGAGUCUAUAAACUGCUGCUUCGAUGGACGCAAGUGCUAUUAUGGCAAAUCUGUGACUCUUCAGUGCACCAAGGAUGGUCAGUUCAUCGUGGUGGUGGCCAGAGAUGCCACCCUGCCCAGCAUAGACUUGGAGUCAAUUACAUUUUUUGAAAAUGACGAAAGCUGCAGGGCUGUUGGGACCACUUCAGCUUUUGUCAUCUACCAGUUCCCUGUCACUGCCUGUGGCACCGUCAUGAUGGAGGAGGCUGGUGUUAUAAUCUAUGAGAACGGGAUGUCCUCCUUAUACGAAGUGGCCAUUGGACCUUACGGGGCCAUCACCAGGGACAGCCACUAUCAGCUGCUUGUCCAGUGCAGAUAUGUUGGGGCAACAGUUGAAGCUUUGGUCUCUGAGGUCAGUCAGGCUCCUCCACUACCCCAUGUUGCAGCUCCAGGACCCCUACGUGUGGACCUCAGGUUAGCCAACGGACAGUGUGCUGUCAAGGGUUGUGUCGAAGAGGAGGAGGCCUACCGUAGCUUUUAUGAGGAAUCAAACUACCCCGUCACAAAGACACUCAGGGAUCCUGUUUACAUUGAAAUUCAAAUGCUGGAGAGGACAGAUCCCAACCUUGCCCUGAAUCUUGGAAGAUGCUGGACAACGUCUGACCCCUACCCUCACAGUCUUCCGCAGUGGGACUUGCUGAUUGAUGGGUAAGCGUAAGAGUUGGUCUGACUUGGAUGAUCAGAUGCUUUUAUAAUUCAUUUUUGAUGAUUUAUACACGCCCUAACCUCUCCUCUUAGCUGCCCCUACCGUGAUGACCGUUACCUAACAGCCCUUGUUCCUGUAGGUGAAUCAUCAGGACUCCCGUACCCAACCCACCACAGGCGUUUUGUUUUUAAAAUGUUCACUUUUGUAGGUGUGGCU